AUGGCUCAACACACGGAGCCUGCCACGACCUCACCUUCGACAUCGUCGCAGAACGACAACCAUGACAUCGAAAAGAAAGAUGCUGCGAGCAUUGCUGUCGAGCCUUCGACCGACGUUGCCGAAGGCCAUGUCGGCACCGUCGACUUGGUAGAGGUUGGCUAUGAGCGAUCGCUCAAGAGGCGUCAGAUCAUGAUGAUGGCGUUCGGUGCUGGCAUCGGGACUGGUUUGUGGGUUGGUACUGGAAGUGCACUGGCUAAAGCCGGCCCGGGAGGAAUCGCCGUUUCCUACACCAUUAUGGCGGCAAUUGUGUACGUCAUGUACACUUCGAUUGGAGAAAUGACAGCAUACAAGCCCGUACACGGAGGCUUCACGCGCCAAGCUGGCGAGUACGUGGAUCCUGCCCUCGGCUUUGCCAUUGGGAUCAACUUCUGGUUCAAUUGGGUCAUGAUUAUCCCCGCCGAGAUUACGGCUUGCAUCUCCGUCCUCCACUAUUGGGAGAAGUCGUACAGUGUGCCACUGGCGGCGUGGAUCACGAUUUUUCUAGCCAUCAUCGUCUUCGUGAACAUUUGGCCAGUCAAGCUCUACGGAGAGGUCGAGUUCUGGUUUUCUUUCCUAAAGUGUCUAGCGCUGGUGGCCAUCAUCUUCUUCAUGAUUGUCAUGACGAGCGGAGGAAUCCCAGCAACACGUGGGCCAAUCGAGUUCAGGUACUGGAAGGAUCCCGGUGCUUUCGUCAACGGCAUCCGAGGGAUUGCGGCUGCGUUUGUGCAAGCAGGGUUCAGCUUCGGCGGCGGCGAGCACAUUGCCGUCAUGGCGGGCGAGGCCAAGGACCCGCGCGAGACCGUCAAGCGCUCCGUCCAGCCGCUGUUCUGGCGCAUGUUCACCUUUUUUGUGGUUAAUAUUUGGCUCGUUGGCAUGUGUAUCCCGUACAACCACCCUAGCCUGGUGAACGCAUCGGGCACGCUCGCAUCGCCGUUCGUGCUGGCAAUCCGGGAAUGCAACCUCUUCGGCCUUGCGCACGCGCUCAACGCCUUCAUCCUGAUCACGGUCAUCUCCUGCGGCAUUACCUCCGCGUACAUAGCCUCACGCACGCUCUGUGCUCUCUCGGACCUGAAGUGGGUACACCCGGUGUUUGGACGCAAGGAUCGCCAGGGGCGGCCGUAUGUCGCCAUGACCAUCAGCAUGAUCCUGGGCGGCGGGCUCUGCUACCUCAACUGCAACUCGACGGCGGAGCAGGUGUACAACUGGUUCUCAUCUCUGGUGGGCAUCAGCGGCUUCCUGCAGUGGGCCACGAUCUAUUGGAUGCACAUCCGCUUCCGCAAGGGCCUCAAGGCGCAGGGCAUCGACCACAAGACGCUGCCGUUCCACGACAUGCUCGCGCCGUGGAGCCAGUACGUGGGCCUCGUGGUCAUCUUCCUGAUUCUGGCGGCCGAGUUCUACCUGGCCAUCUUUCCCUUUGAUGCCAAGCCCAGCGCAGAGAAUUUCUUCGCGACGUACAUUGCGGCGCCGCUGUUCGUGUUCGACUACUUUGCCUACAAGUGGUGGUACAAGACCAAGAUAGUGCGGCCCGAGGAUAUGGAUUUCAGCGAGGCUUUCAUCUUCGACGAGCUAGAGCGGCGCCAGAAGGCGGAGCAGGCUGCGCAGCCGAAGGAGCAGCAGGCGAUGGGCCUAGCGGGCGUUGCUCGCCGGGUAUGGUCUGCUCUCGUGGGAUGA